ACCAACGGGACUUCGAAGGGUACUCUCCGUACGCGGCGGACGAAGUGCGCAAACGGGGCGCGAUCGCCAGGCCGUUGGCGCAGCAGUACGAGAGGAAACCGCUGCGACCGCCGUACGCCACCCUAGCGGCUAACAGCCUGCGCGUCGAUCCGUCGUUACUGCGCGACGAAGUGGUUGAACUGCCCACGUACGUGAACGUGCCGGUCACGUUGCGAUGCAAGUUCGUGCCACUCGAGAACGCGGAUAACAAGUUCGAGACGGUCGUAGAGGCCAUGUACCCGGGGCACAGGAACGCACCACCGCCGCCAGCCGACUCGCACGCGGCCCGCGUUCUCGGGCAGCUCAUGGGCUCGGUGGACGGGUGGCGCGGCGCAGUCGGCCACCCCACGCGACAGGUACGCCGCGUCUCCGUCGAUGGUUUCUACGGACGGCGCGCGUGGCCCGUUCCCGAUCAACAUCCAACCGCUCAGUCACCGUACGGCGGCAACGGUGCUGGCGGCCGGUGGUUCUCGGUGAACGAUGGCGGUAGACGGAUCACGGCCCGCCUGCGCGCCGCCGAACGUGCGCAAUGGUUUCGUCAAAACCGCCGGUGGUUCCCACAAGGCCAACCUGGACCGAUCGAGCUUCCGCGGUUCGAACGUUUACCGGGCGAAGAGCGAUGGACGCGGAAUAAAUCGACCGACGACAGGCAAGACGAACCGGCCGACGGCCAGCAAGUCGACGAGCAACAAACUUAUGAACGGCAGGACCAACGAAUCGAAGACCGACAGGACGGACAUGAUGAACUAGUCGAGGACCGACAGGAUGAACAAGUCGAGGACCGGCAGGACAAACAAGUCGAGGACCGGCAAGACGAACAAUUGGACAACGGGCAGGGUGUACAAGUAGACGAUGGACAAUACGAACAAUCUGGAGAGCUCGACGGCGGUCAACAUGACGGAAUUAUUAACGGUCAGCAAUACGAACAAGCUCGGCAAGCAGAGAUGAUCAACGGUCAGGUGUACGAACAAGCACGGCAAGCCAAGAUAAUCAACGGUGAGCAGUACGAACAAGUACGGCAAGAUGAAAACCAACAAUUCGAACAAGUCGGCAGCCUUCGACAAACCAUACCGGUUUAUGACAGCCAACAAAACGAAUCACUCGACGUCCGGCAAGUCGAUAGCGUCAGACAAGUCGAAGAACGAACGACAAAUAAUGAAGACGGACGAAGAAUGCAAGAAUCCAUCAAAGACCGGACAGUAGAUCAGGACAAGCAAGAUGUGCAAGAAAGUAUGCGAGGACCUAUCAAAGAUCGAGCAGUAGAUAGAGUAGAUGAACGACAUGUGCAAGGACCAGUCGUAGACCGAACAGCAGAUGAUGCGGACGGACGUCGAAUGCAAGAACCAGUCGUAGACCAAACAAGUAAUACUGACAAACAGUGGGUGCCUAUAGUAAUUGAAGACGUGCAUCCAAUGGGGCCAAGAUUUACCACUGUUGCUGGAUCAGAUUAUGCAUCAUUCACAGAUAAACCGGUUCAAGUUUAUGUAGAGAACAUGAUUACGAUGGGUCCAGUUUGAUCCGAUCAUUAUUCCCGUUAUCGUGGAUGUUCGUUCCGACUGUAACAAUUUUGGAGUUUUAUCAAUACUCACAGGCUGUCUUUUUUAUUGCAUUUAUUUAUUUAUUUGUUAUAUUUUUUUUCGUAGAUUAAUGUAUAUCGUACAAUAGCUAUUUGUGUUAAGUUACAUUGUAUGUACCUACCUACUUUUUUAUCGAUAUCAACCACAGAAACAAUAUAUUAUUGUGUUUGUUAUUUUUUUUA